GCCAUAGCAGAGUGGCAUUGACCAAUCCCUAUUAUUCUAUACUUUCUCUCUCUAGAACAAAAGCUCUCUCUCUCUCUCCCUCUAAAUCUUUUUCUGGCCUCUUAUAAACCCACCUCCCUGCCUGUAUCUCUUACUCAACUCUCUCUCUCUCUCUCUCUAACAAAUCGCCUGCAAUUGCUAUUCUUCUGCUUUCUGUUUUCUCCAUUUUCAGAUUCUCUCAAAAACCACAAAACAACACGAAUUACCCAUUUGGUGCUCCCUCUUAUGCUCCUCGUCAAAGCCGCUCGCUCUCUUUGAAGAGAUUUGGGAUGGGUUACUUCAAGUUCAAAACUUUUUUAUAUUCUCAUCUGUCUUGGUUCGAUCAAAAUUGCUAUUAAAAUCAAACCCAGAUUCUGAAAAAAUCGGUCUUGUUUUUUAUUCUCCGGCCAAAUUUCAAUCUGGUUUAUGAAAUUUUCUCACUUAGGGUUUUUGUCAAAUUUGAAUUUUAGUGUUGGUUAUUUUGGUGAUCCAUCUCAAAUUCUGUAUCCCCAAUAUCAGGGGCUGAGUUUAGAAAGAGAGCGGGCGGCAAGGUAUGGCUGACGAUUGGAACAGGGGAAAAUCAAAGAAGUGUAUUGAAGAAUCUGAGACCAUGAAUCGAAUGGAUUUGGAGAAACAGCAAGGCAGGGGCGUUCAUAUUGGCCGACAAUCGAAGCCGGUUUUUGAUGAAGCUUCCAUGUCAUGUAGGCCUCUCAAGAAGAUCAGAAGUCCAGAAAGCCAACACCCAUUUCUUUCCUCUGCUGACCAAACACCCUCUUUUCCUUCUUCUCUUCCCUAUGCUCCUGCUGCUACUACUACUUCAACACCUUUUCCUCUUCCCACUUCUUCAAGGCAUGUGUUUCCUUUUGCCUUUGAUGGGUCUCAACAAACCUUGGAAAGUUUACAACAAUUCAGAACCAAUCCUCUGCCUAUGUACCAUAUAACUCCACAAAAUCAGCAGCAGAUGAUCUCUUUCGCUCCCCCCAAUUUCGGGUACCCACCACCAUAUGUUGCACGGGACUCUGCUUCAUCACAGCAGCAGCUAUUGCAGUACUGGAGUGAUGCAUUGAAUCUAAGUCCAAGAGGAAGGAUGAUGAUGAUGAACAGGUUGGGACAGGACAGUAGGUCCUGGUUUAGGCCUCCAGUCAUGCCUGUUACCCCCACCAAGCUCUACAGAGGAGUGAGGCAGAGGCAUUGGGGUAAAUGGGUAGCCGAGAUUCGUCUCCCUCGAAACAGGACUCGCCUCUGGCUCGGCACUUUUGACACUGCCGAGGACGCAGCCAUGGCGUAUGAUCGCGAGGCCUUUAAGUUGAGAGGUGAGAAUGCUAGGCUCAAUUUCCCCGAACUCUUCCUCAAUAAAGACAAAGACACAGCUGCAGCAUCAGCAUCAGCAUCAGCAGUAUCAACAGAACCUAGUUCAUCCUCUUCUUCUCCUCCUACUCCCCACGAAAGUUCAAUGCCAAGCCGGAACUCGAAGCAGCCUCGGCAAGCUCCUGAAGGCCUUAAUUCUCAGGCCUCCAAUACAGAAUCACUGCCACCUACUCGAGGAGAUAGUCACGGUGAUGAUACCGGAUUGGGAUCGAGUGAAAUCACUGCAAGUGAUGGAGUUGAGAUGGUUGAAGGGGGUUCUGGUGCAGGGGAAGGUAGUUUGGAGUCGACAGAAUUGGCUUGGGGUGAAAUGGCAGAGGCUUGGUUCAAUACAAUUCCAGCAGGUUGGGGUCCAGGUAGCCCAGUUUGGGAUGAUUUGGAUGCAACCAAUAAUCUUCUGUUGCCUUCAAACCUUCCUUUUGCCAAUGCCCAUCACCAGGAAUUUCAUGACUCUGAUCCUCAGAACAAGCAAGCCAAUUUUGGUUCAGCUCCGUCCUCGUCGUCUUCAUCUACCAUGAAGCCCUUCUUCUGGAAGGACCAGGAAUGAAUGAAUAGUCACCCACAAGAAGCUACCUUAGCUUCAGCUUUGCAGAUGGCAAAGGGUAGUACUCCCCCUCUCUCUCUCUCUCUCACACACACACACAUAUCUUGGAGAACAGUUUUUAGACAAUGUCCUCAGAUUUUUCCACUGGUUGCAAAAUUUUCAGAAAAGACAGCCUGUGAUUUUUGCUUCAUUUCAUUUCAAUUCUUCUUCUGAUCCUCAAUGCUUAUCUUUCCUUUCUCAUUUUCUUCUCACUGGUUGCUGAUUUUUGACAAAACAACCUGUGAUUUUCUUUGGAGCAUUGUUACUUCUUUCUUCACAACCACUAUCAGCCCUUGAUUCUUAUUCACAAAUAGAUCAACACAGUUUCCCUCCACCACCACCAUAUUCUACACAAAGGCUGCAUAUUUCUUAAGCCUUGUGGCAUUAUCAGUUCACAACAUGCAUUAGGGGUUGUCCCCCUUUUGUUCUCUCUUGCAGUAGUACUAGUAUGUUCCUAGGUAGUGUCAUUAUUUAGCAUAAUAAAUAUGUUAUUUAGUGCUGUUAUGGAGAUGUAGUUGAUUUAGUAUACGACCAGCACAGAGGGAGACAGUUUUGUGAUCUUCUUCUCCAUUGGUCCAUCCAUCGCUGGCUCUGUUUUUUAUGCUGUAAGGAUGGAUGUAGUAGUUGUUGUGUACAUUUUGUGAUAUGUUAUGGUCAUUAUUAUCAAUGUAAUGUUGUUUGUAUCUUUUA